AUGAAGGAGAAUAAUCCCAAAGUCGCGAACAAAGCCAUUAAAGUCCAACUGCCAAGUCAACCAGGGAGUACCACUCUCCGUGAAGCAGGUGAGACUGCAAAGUCCUUGUACGACCAGCUGAACCCCAUGUUUGAAAAGAUCACUGGACAUUCCCUUGUUAAAGCAUUGACCAAAGUAAAAGAUCUCAAUAAUGAGGAGAAGAAGUCUAAAGCUGAAAAAAAACGAACAGUAAGAAAUAAUUAUAGAAAAUUCAAGGAAGCAGUAGAAACAGAAUGGGAAAAUACAUCUUUUAUCAG